AUGAAGCCCAAGCAAAUGCGAUCCUCGGCGCCAAGCCUUGCUGAUCGUCUGGAGGAUCCCGGAUUAUUAAUCACCGGAAAAACAGAAUGCAGUCAGCCAGGCACAAGGCUGUCCCCGUCCUACUGUGUAUGGUACUUUGGUGAUACCCGGCGAAAUCAAUUCAGUAUGUUUGCAUGGAGAGGGAAACGGACAAAUGUUCCUUUGUUCCGACAGCAUUUCCGAGGAAAUGACACCCACCCCACGAAGAUCAAUAUGGGUGGUUGGUGGUUGGGCAGACACACAAAAGUCCGACCACCCCCAUCUCCCAUAAUAAUAAUGAUGCUAAUCGGUGAUGGUAAUUGCGAACCACCAAAGUUACGGUGUGACGGGGGAGAAGUACGUAACACUCGUGGGGAAGGAGACAUUCUGCCGCUACCUCUUUGGGACACUGGCGGUUCCAGAAGUUACCUGUGUUUCCCCGUUAUCUGCCUUUUCUGGAUUUCCUGGUUUGAGAUCAUUACUACACAGUUAUUCCCUUUGCCGCUGACUGUCCUGGCUUGGCUUGGCUCUUCCUUAUCCUCUCCCUCUCUCUCUCUCCCUACUUUUCGUCGCGUGCCUGCAUACGGACCCAGCCGUCUUCCGCUUUUGGCAUCUUCCGCUCGGCUGGCAAGUGUGUUGUUGCUAAUAGCCGAUCUGCUCAAACUACUACUAGUACUAGCCUAUAUCUAUCAGAUAUACUCCCACUGGGGAACCGCCCACUGGACGUUCCCCUCCCUCCUCUUCUGCUCUCGUGCUCUCUUCCCAUCCAUGUAUCUCGUUCAGACUCUCGACCAGAGCGCCUCGACGGGCCUAGGACGCCUUAUUAAACAGUUUUCCUCUGGAUCUAAAUUGUGA